CAAGCACCGUCCCGAUUACAACGAAACGUCAUAGAAUGAGGAACCGGUUACAGUGUAAGAAGCGACCUCGCAGUUUGGAAUUUCAUGGUAACCGCACGCAGUCUUGCUUGGACUGUGGCUUUGUGAACGUCAAGAGCUGUUUGUUCUCCUUUCACGUCUCGUCUUCCGGAAGCAUUAUAGAAAAAUGGUGUGCGCCUGCCUCGUCACGAUCUUACUUAUUCUCUACAUGCUCUUUGACGUAAAUUAUUUCCUCAGGAUCUUGUUUACGUUAGGUUCCAGCAGGCUGUUACAGAAGAAAAAGAAGAUUUUCGAUACUACUACUAUCUAUGGUAUAUGUACAACACAAGAUGUGGAUUUGUUUUUGAAGCACAUGAAUAAUGCCAGAUACCUUCGUGAACUGGACUUCGCACGUUUCCAUUAUUACGAUCGCAGUGGAAUUUACGCAGCCAUUGCAAAAAGAGGCGGAGGUGCAGUGCAAGGAGCUUCGUCGACUCGGUAUCGUCGAGCUAUUCCCAUUUUUACGCCUUAUAAAGUUACCACGAAGCUAAUAUAUUGGGAAGAUAAGCACUUCUAUCUGGAACACGAGUUCAUUAGUUUGACGGACAACUUCGUACGUGCAGUUGUUCUUAGCAGACAAACUGUCACAGGUUUGAAGAUUCCAGUUACAGAAAUAAUCGCUGAAAUCGAACCAAACGCGCAACGGCCCGCGUUGACCAAGGAUUUAGAAUUAUGGCUCAGUUCUAUGGAAGAGUCUUCUCAGAGAUAUAAGAAGGAUAAUUGAAGACGAUCUUCUUCGUUUUACACCCUUGUUGCUCAAUGUGUACUUUAUACGUUUUUGAUGUUAUUUUGAAUUAAGGUGUUUUGAAUAAACAAAUUUCUCUGUUAACGA